UCCGCUUCAUGCUCUUGCAGCUCACCCAUGGCAGAAAUAGUGGAGUUCCGAGUCCCGGAUGGAAAUGGACGGACCCUGCUCGUUUUGGGAUUGGAGACAGACGCGUCAGAGCAUGCUCUAUAUUUAACCUUCUCUGCAUUUGGGCCGCUCUAUUCCGUGAGGGUUCACCAAAAUGCUCCAGUCGCUGGGCCUGGCUAUUAUGCCCUUGUGAAGUUCUACUCUGCGAGAGAUGCCAGCAAGGCACAAUGUGCUUGUAACCAGCGGCCCCUGUUUCAGAAAUCCCCUUUGAAGGUAUCUUUCCAAUGCUGAA